CUGUACAGUCGUGAUAUGCAAGUAGAUAACGGCGGUCGUGUGCCAAGAAAUGAGCCAAGGAUACGUUCCGGAGUUUGGGACGAAGCAAUAUGUGAGCGUCGAGUUGCGCCGCCGCCGCUCGCACAUUCUAGAACACUUCAACAUUCAAUUUCGCAAAGGAGUUCUGAAGAUAGCUGGUGUUCCGGAUCAGACGCAGAACUGUCUUCGGAGGAGGAAAGUGACCGAAGUGCUGCCUCGAGCACUAGGGCAAAUGGCCAACUCCGCAACACUUUAAAUAAGGCUCGUACUUUAUGUGAUAAAUGGAGAAGCAGUGGAGGAGUAGGUAGUAAUAAUCGCUUAUCAUUAGACGGAACGUUAACAGGAGAUGCUUUACCGCCAAAUUCCAUUAACCAAGGGCGGCUGUCGAGGUGGUUUUCGAUCAGGAGAGGUUCGGCGCAUCAGUACGACAUUGAAAACACGGAUGGCCCGAAACAAUCUACGAAUCAGAAUAAGAUGCCGUUACUGCCGGAGGUGGAAGAAGAAGCGUUUCCGAAUUGUACAUUUCAACAGAGACGGCAACUGCCGCCCACAUUACCUCCCCCGCCCAUUAACCUAACGCAGCAACAAAUCAAACGAAGAAUGAUUGUGGCGGCUAUUGUACACAGCGAAAACUCUUAUGUGGCAACUCUUCAACGACUCGUUAACGACUACAAAAAACCACUUGAAGAAAGUGUACCCCCCAUUCUGAGCGGUUCCAAAAUCAUUACACUCUUCCAUAGGCUACCCGAGAUUCUACAGUGCCAUACGUUAUUUCGCAUAGCAUUGGCCGAGAGCGUUCGAAAUUGGGAUAGGGACGAAAAAAUUGGAGACGUGUUCGUCGCGUCGUUUUCAAAAGCAAUCGUUUUAGAUAUUUACUCGGGAUUUAUUAAUAACUUCUCUAUUGCUAUGGACGUGGCCAAAAUGGAAGCGAAACGAAAAUCGGCCUUAGCCGACUUCCUUAAGGUCAAGCAGAUCAGUUCCCAUGAUCGCUUAUCGUUUUUUGGGUUAAUGGUUAAGCCGGUUCAACGAUUUCCACAGUUCAUUCUAUUCCUUCAGGAUUUACUAAAGCACACACCGCAAGGGCACCAUGAUCGAAUGUCCCUACAGUUAGCUUUGACACAGUUAGAAUCGUUAGCAGAGAUGUUGAACGAGCGAAAAAGAGAAGCGGAACAAUUUCAGGCUUUCAAGGAGAUGCUGCGAAAUAUCAGCGGGAAAUUCUCGGCGCGUCCGCUUUCGGAUAGCAAUCGAUAUUUACUAAGAGAGGAUAAUGUUACUCAGUUGGAAUUCAAUCAUUGUGGUAUGAUAACGAAAACGAAAAGUCGUAGACUGUUACUAUUAAAUGAUUUGGUCGUUUGCGUGUCGGUGGCACCUAAGGCAUCCGACGAUUUUGGUGCUAGUGAAAGGUUGAGUUUGAAAUGGACGUAUCCCGUCUCGGAGAUUGAAAUACAAGACACCAGCACAUCUCCGACGCUGAGUCGAAUAUUAACCGCCGGAUUGAAUCGGGGCGGAAGUUUAAAGUCGAACAACUCGUUCGACGGAUCUCAAACUCAAGGCGCCGAUAACCUGUGUUCCGAAAUGAGCAACCUUAUGCACGAUUAUGAGGUGAUGAGCCGAGUCUCUGAUUUAAUUGGAUCGUUGAAAGGCUGUUAUAAGGAAAUGUCGGUUGAAAAUACGAAACGCAUAUUGCAUCAGAUCCAGUGUUCUAUUCAAACCAAAGAUGAGGAAAUGGCGUGGGUUGAUUCGUGUUGUUUACAACUGGUCGCCAAAUCGAAAGGGAAGGAGGAGGUGUUUACUUUCCAGACUGAUAAUCCAGUUGUCAAGAAGGAGUGGAUUACGGAACUGAGACUAGCGCAGUUGGCGUUAGAUCCAAACAAUUCGCCCGCGUGGGAGGUGCCUGAGCAGGAGCAGAGGCCCUCGACGAAAAUGCCGUUGUUUGUUCGGUCGCAGUGUGUUUUCAAAUCGCAGCAUCAAACAGAAGUUCGCUGUGGUUGUUUUUAUACUGUCACCUCCGCGAAACCGACUCGAAGGCGUGGUCGAACGCAGAGUUAUUUAUGGGUUUGUACAUCAGAUGGAGCUAGUAGUCACAUCACAAUCUUAUCUCAACAUCAGCAACACGCAGGCUCUUUGAAGGACAUUGGUUCGUUUUCGUUGGUCGAAACGCAAGUGACGGCGAUGGAAUUUGUUAAGGGAUUCUCACCGCCUUGUUCCGGUUUGGCGUCCGAUGUGGUUUGGAUGGGUACCGAUAGUCGACGGUUAAUUAUUUACGCGGCCGACGAACCCGAAAAGCAGGAGGAAGUGGGAAGUACGGUCGUGCCUGAUAUUAUCACUCAAAUAAAGUAUCACUGCGACGGCGUGUUCGUCGCGUUAGGUAAUGGAUUGUUGUUAAUUUUUAAACGAAAUGUGAUCGACGGUAGCUGGUUAAUAAAAGAUCCGCACACCAUAAAUUUAGGAAGUGAAUCAGUUUCGAGCUUGCUGCCGAUUAAUGUGUGUUUAUACGCCGCGUGUGGCAAAAAAGUGUGCGUUAUCAAUGGGGUGACGGGCGAAGUACAAAAAAGUUUCAGUAUUCAACACGAACAUGUAGGCAAUGUGAAUUUAAUGGCGCACAGUGGAAUCGGUUUGUGGAUUUCGUUAAAAAACUCUAGCACUAUAUGUUUGUAUCACACGGAAACGUUCAAACACUUACAGGAUAUCAAUAUAGCAUCCAACGUGAUGCGAGUCACUUCUGGUUCGUCUACAACUUGCUGCCUUAAUAAUUCCAGAUCUCAAGUGAACGUCACCGCUCUAUUGGCGUGCAAGGGAUUGUUAUGGGUGGGCACCAACGUCGGAAUUAGCUUGACUAUACCAUUGCCACGGCUGGAAGGUGUUCCAAUCAUAAGCGGGCGAGUGAAUAUAUCGUACCAUGCUCAUUUUGGACCCAUUUCAUUUCUAUUAGCUUUACAACCAAAGAAUUAUUCAAACACUUCGUCUAGAUUUGCGUCAAAAGACACUAAGGAGGAUAAGCCGGACGCGGAAUUAGAAGCUAUCGUCGAUAGUAAAUUAAAUCAGCAACCAAAGAUGGAAAAACAACUAUCCGAUUCGGCGGUAACUAGCAAAUUAAAACAACAACUCGCCAGCAGUCCCGUCGUACUUCGACGCAAAAAGUCUAAGGAAAACGACAUGGUUCGUCUAUCGAAAACGCUCCCGCGCGGUUUAGGAAACGGCGGAUCAGUGUUUUCCACUAGCUCAUCAUCCUCUCACGGUUCCGGCGAUACCUGUGACGUAUAUGGACUGUACGGGGAGUUGAUGUACAUUAAAGAUUACGAAGGCGACGAGAACAUCUUGACUGAUCCGAUUUACGAAUCACUGCGCCGUAGCGAUCCCGAGUUAGCCGCCAUUCCCGGAAAGGUCAGCACUUUGGACCGUAGGCUCAAAAUGAAGGUUAGCCGGCCGAGAUCUUUAGACUUAUCAAAUUGGUCCGUCGAUUCCAGAUCCUCUAGUUUGUACACAUCGUCUGGAAGCGAGGAAAGUAUGACGGUUAGAAAUAAUAUCGGUCGUAGUAUAUCGCGUAAUAAUUCCAAUGCCAGCCGACAAUUAAACGAUGUUUGUGAGAAUAGUGUUAGUGGCGCCGAAAAGCAGGAACGCCAGUCGAGUACGAAUUAUAAACAAACGAGUACGAAAACGUUGCAUUGUCAAAAAAAUGUAAUAGAAAGUAGUGCUAGACGAACGGUCAUUACGUUAAUGGGAGGUAGGGGGUAUGUGAAUUGGAGGCAGCCAUGCUGUUCCUCUGACAAAAUGAAAAACGCAUUUUCAAUACGAGAACCGAACAGCAAUGAUGCUCAUAUCGUUAUUUGGGAGUUAAAGUUGUGAUCUGUUGAGGAUUUGUGAUGAGGCCUAAGGUAGUUGACAUGUUACAGGGUUUUAUCAUUGUUAGAAACCAAAUCACUAAAUAAAUUAUGUACGUAUUUGCGUAUGAAAGAUGUACAGUUUUCGUAUUACCCACUGUAAAAUAAUUACUUUGCACACGUUUUAAUAUUAUUUUUAUUUUAUUUUUGGACCAAACUAAAAAUUAUGUAGAUUAGCGUGUCUUUUGUAAGUAUAUUUAUUUGUUACGAUUUAAACCCUUUGGCAAAAGUUGAUCUUUUACACUUAACUGUUCAAAAAUUAUGUCCAUAUAUUAAUAUAUGUCUUAAAAUUUAUUACUGUUAUGUUAAGAGAACAAACUGUGUACCUUUUGAAGAUAUAUUAAAAGAAUAUAUAUGUAUUUCCGAUUAA